AUGGUAUCUCACGUCACCUUCGAGGAAUUCGCCUUUGCCGGUCGGAAAACCACCGAUGAUUUUGGGUUUGGUUGGAGUGCACCGUUCCCGCUGGCUCUGAAGACAGUAGCCUCACCUCAGACAUCCCUUGGCGAUUUCGUCAGUGCCAUCAAGGAAUUCUCGGCCUCUGGAAAACUCUUUGAGCUCGUCAAACGACAUGGAGGGGCUGUUUUAAUUCGCGGGCUUCCCAUCAAAAGCCCACAGGACUAUAGCGAAAUCGCCCAUGCAUUUGGAUUCAGGGCACAUGAGGAGGUUGGAAGACCUCCAAUGCGAACUGUGUUGGCGAAAAAUAUAAAAACAGCUAAUGAGGGGCCCCCUGAACUGCCAAUUUGGCCUCACAAUGAAUACGGCUGGUCAACAAUCAAUCCAGCUUGGCUGACCUUCUCUGCCCUUAUCCCAGCGCAAACAGGUGGUGAAACUCCCAUCAACUCCGGUAUUCAACUGGCCGCUGAGAUAAAGCGACAGGCGCCGGAGUUUUACGACAAAUUGUUGAAGAAAGGGAUCCGCUAUGUAUACAGGUAUGGCACAGAGAACGUGGUAUCUACGACAGGCACGAGCGUCUUCGGUGCAUAUGGACAGCAUGUACUGCCAACAGAUGAUGAAAAGACAGCAAGACAGAAGAUUGAGGACGAGGUGAGACGACACAGCAAUGUGUUCGAGUGGAAUGAGGACGGAAGCUUGACAGUGACCCACACUACACCAUUGAUCAGAAUUCAUCAAGCUACUGGCCUUGCAACGUGGUUUGGAAACGUCACGAGCGCUUGGGGCCGCAGCACGCAUCAUGGAGCGACAGAGCCUCCUUAUAGGGGAGAUGACAACUCUUACCAUCCUCCUCCCAAAUAUGGCGAUGGCGAGGACAUUGAGAAGAACUACUUAGACCUCGCACUUUCCAUCGCGGAGUCUUCACAGGUUUUGGUGAAAUGGGAGCAGGGUGAUCUGGUUUUACUUGAUAACUAUGCGGUCCUGCAUUCUCGGUCUGCUUGGAAGGGUGAGCGACAGGUUCUCGCGGCACUGUGGGACCAAGGCAGCAGAGUUGAUGACUAUGAUGAGGGAAAGGAGAUUCUGAAGCGUAGCCCAUGUAGGCCGAUUGUGAAUCACGAUUGA